AUGGGUGCUGAUUCGCCAUCGGAACAAAUUGCGCUCGGAUGGAUGUUCUCAAAGUUGGGCAGGAGGAACUUCGACAGUCCUAGUGUAAACCAAUGGGUGACUAAGACGACUCAUGGAAAGAUCUCCAACCUAAUAAGUAAGCAAGAAAUUUCCCCGGAAACGAAAAUGAUGCUGCUCAACGCACUUUAUUUCAAAGCUAUUUGGAGUGAAAGAUUUAACAAGAGCGAUACCAAAGAAAUGCCAUUCGAUGUUGAUCCGCUGAAACAAAUUACGGUAAAAAAGAAAACAUUGUAA